CGUCCAAUCGCCGCCGGAGGAGGUAAAGAGUGGCGCGUUCUCGUUGCGGCAGGAGAGAGGCAGUGUGUUGAGAGCGCAUCUUGUGUAAAUUAAAUCCAUUCUUUUGCAAAAAUGUCCGAGGAUAAGCCCAAGGAGGGAGUGAAGACAGAGAAUGACCACAUCAACCUAAAGGUGGCCGGGCAGGACGGCUCAGUGGUCCAGUUUAAAAUUAAGAGGCACACGCCGCUCAGCAAGUUAAUGAAAGCGUAUUGCGAAAGACAGGGAUUGUCGAUAAGACAGAUUAGGUUUAGGUUUGACGGACAGCCGAUAAACGAGACGGAUACACCAGCACAGUUGGAGAUGGAAGACGAGGACACUAUCGAUGUAUUUCAACAACAAACAGGCGGCCGUCGCUAAACCUUCCUCUCUCUGUCUCUUUGUCUCUCACUCUCUCCUCCACACAGCGGGGGAACCCCUCGGCUGUUUUAUUUGACUCGACCCCAAAAUGUUUAACUGUGCUGUUUAUUUACUCCUUAUUUUCUUGUCGUGUUGGUUUGGAUGUCCUCCCUAGUUUUCGUAGGGUUGGGCUUGCAUUCUUUUUUUUUCUUUUUUUUUUUCUUUUUUUUCCCUCUUUCUCUUCUUUCCAUCUUCCAAUAUUUAAAGAUACAUGAGGUGACAUGUGGCUAAGAGGCAAAUCCAAGAUGGCUGCCAUAAGGUUCAAAAUGGCCGCCGAUGUAUGAGCAGAAAGCCGUUUUCUUGAGAAAAGCCAAGCCCUGAGUUUCCUAUCCUGAUGAAUAAAAUAGUCCAUUCCCAUCAGUAUAAAAACCUGCCAAAUUUUGAGGAGACCUGAUUUGAUUUUUUUCCCCCCUUUUUGUUCCCCUCUUCUCUCUCUCACUGUCUUGUGCAGCUUUAAUUCUAUUUUAAUUCACAUGCUCGUUAGCGGAAAGGACGCCCAACCAGCCUUGUUAUUUAGUCCAGGUGCAAAGAUUAAACGGAACUUUGGUUUGUUCUCGGACCAAGCUCCAAAUACGUCCUGGAUUAGUCCAGGCUUUUAUUAUGAAUUCCGUAAGUCCCCCCAUUUUUUUCAGAGGCAACAAGUCGUCACUCUGUCUGCUUUGUGACGGACGUGAAAGAAAAAAAAAAGAAAAGUUAUUCGUCCCCCGUACAGUCUGGCGUCCGUAGGAGUUGGGACUGAAUCAGCAUUCAUGUGGUCUCAUUUUUUUUCUGUACUGAUUUGUACAUUAUUUGUUGUCCUUUACUACUGUAUACAAUAAAUAUAGUUUGGUACUCAG